AUGGCUUCUAACUCGGCCUUCGCAUCCGGGCGAGAACAGAAAUCAGAUGUUCGGCGCAGGAAUGUAGAAGCCACCAAGACGGACAGCGAUGUCCCGGCCAUCUCGGUCCCAGAUAUUAAGGGCGUUUCCAAGGAGAAAUCAUUUCUCGAUGUUCUCGACGAGUGGGAAUUCGUGAUUGCUCCUAUAAUCUUUACCGCCCUGUCCUUCUUUACUCGCAUGUAUCGCAUUGGCUUGUCCAACAUUGUGACGUGGGAUGAAGCUCACUUCGGAAAAUUCGGCUCUCACUAUCUCAAGCGUGAAUUCUAUUUCGACGUCCAUCCACCUCUCGGCAAGAUCCUUGUCGGUCUAUCUGGUUAUCUGGCGGGGUAUAACGGCUCUUUCGAAUUCAAAUCAGGCGAGACUUACCCAGAAGAUGUCAACUAUACAUUCAUGCGAGUUUUUAAUGCCUUCUUCGGUGCUGUUUGUGUCCCUCUUGCCUACUACACUGCUCGUGAACUAAAUUUCCGUCGCCCAACUGUGUGGUUGGUCACCAUGAUGGUUUUGUUUGAGAAUUCCUACGCCACUAUUUCGAGGUUCAUUCUCCUAGACUCGAUGCUUCUAUGUUUUACCUUCACGACUGUACUGUGUUGGGCCCGCUUCCAUCGACUACGCGCUCAGAGCUUCUCUGCGGAAUGGUUCAUAUGGCUUUUCCUCACAGGUAUCAGCAUCGGCUGUGUUUGCAGUGUCAAGCUUGUAGGGCUUUUCUGUACUGCUCUGGUUGGUCUUCAUACUGCUGAAGAUUUGUGGAAUAAGUUUGGUGACCUCAAAAUGCCCACUACAACCCUUGCUCGUCAUGUUGCUGCAAGAGUAGUCUGUCUGAUUAUUGUACCAUUCGUGGUCUAUAUGUUCUCUUUCUGGCUACACUUUCUGAUCCUCGAGAACUCUGGGCCUGGAGAUGCUCAAAUGAGCUCUCUCUUCCAGGCCAAUCUCAAAGGAACCGAGGUUGGUAGGGAUAGUCCCCUCGAGGUGGCAAUGGGUUCCAGAGUUACUCUUAAGAACAUGGGAUACGGUGGAGGACUACUUCAUUCUCAUAUUCAAACAUACCCAGAGGGCUCAACCCAGCAGCAGGUAACCUGUUAUCAUCACAAAGAUGCCAACAACGAGUGGUUCGUGUACCCCAAUCGGUACGAACCUGAUUUUGACCCAGAGGCACCCCUGAAGUUUUUGGGCGACGGAGAUAUCAUCCGUUUGAUUCACUCCCAGACGGGACGGAAUUUGCACUCGCAUGCCGUCGCGGCACCUGUCACCAAGGCCGAUAAUGAAGUGUCCUGUUAUGGCAAUACCACCAUCGGUGAUGAGAAAGAUCACUGGAAGAUUGAGGUUGUCAAUGACGCUGCGUCUUGGGAUCGCAGCAGAAUCCGCACUCUUACGACCGCUUUCCGACUUCGUCAUGAAAUCCUUGGCUGUUACUUGAGAGCGGGUACUGUGAAUCUCCCACAAUGGGGAUUCAAACAGAUUGAAACGACUUGCGUCAAGGAGAAUAAACCUAGUGAUGUUUAUACUCACUGGAAUGUCGAAACGCACGUCAAUGAAAGAUUGCCUCCUGGUGAUCCCGGAUCUUACAAAUCCCCGUUUUUCAAAGAUUUCAUCCAUUUAAACGUUGCCAUGAUGACUUCGAACAAUGCACUUGUCCCCGAUCCUGACAAACAGGACGAUUUGGCAUCCAAGGCCUGGCAAUGGCCACUUUUACACGUUGGGUUGAGAAUGUGCUCUUGGGAUGAUAAUAUUGUCAAGUAUUUUCUCCUUGGUAACCCGCUUGUGUACUGGGGAAGUACUGCCAGUCUUCUGGGAUUCGGCUUGAUCUUUGUUUGGUACCUUGUCCGAUGGCAACGUGGUUAUGUGGAUUUGAGUCCCAGUGAAAUUGACCAAAUCCACUACUCUGGAGUCUAUCCGUUGAUCGGCUGGGUUCUUCAUUAUAUACCGUUUGUUGUCAUGGCGCGUGUCACAUAUGUCCACCACUACUACCCUGCUCUUUAUUUCGCUAUAUUGACUGCCGGAUUCUGCAUCGACUGGCUUACCCGAAAACUCAAUUCGAAAGUGCAGUGGGCCGUUUACAUCCCUCUUUACCUUGCGGUGAUUGGCCUUUUCAUUCUCUUCCGAGACAUUGUGUUCGGUAUGCAGGGCUCAAAUCAACAGUGGGCUUAUCUGAAGUGGCUCGGCUCGUGGCGCAUCAGCGAUUGA